UCUGCGCCCAAGAAAUUAGAAAAGUUGUGCUUUUACAUGUUUUAGAUGAUUUGGGUCGUUGUUCUCUGCAUUUGUGAUUGAAGUCAUCAAGCAUGGGGAAGAGGAAAGAUGGCGAGCUGGGAGAUCCUCUAAGUAUAGACUCCACAAGCUCUUCACACAAAAAACAUAAAAAGCACAAAAAGAAACACAAGAAAAGGAAAGAUCAGGGUGGCGAAGAUGACUUUGUAUCUGUUGUGGAUGAAUCCCCAAGACCAUCCAUCAAACUUACUAUCAAGAUUGGAGGAGAGAUGUUGGGAGAAAAAAGUGUGACGAAGACUGAGAUUAUUCCAGCACCAGCAACCGCCACAGAUACCCAUGCCAGUGAUGAUGAGUCGAUUGACUGGGAAGACUAUGCCGAUGAUGAUGUCACUACCACCACCAAUACAUCCAGCAUUCCAGUCCUUAUGCCUGGACUCUCUGCACUGCUUAAGAAAAAGCAAGAAAAGCAUGAGUCUGAUGAGGAAUCCGCCUGGCUGAAGGCUUUGGAAGCUGGCGAACUCGACGACAAUGGAGAAAUUAAGAAAGAAAAGAAUCCUAAACUGCUUACAGCCAGACAGAGAGCGUUGGUACAAGGUCGCCAAGAAAAGGAACUUGUACAACUCCCAUCAGGAUAUAAGGCUCCAGAAUAUACCGAGGAACAGCUGCAGCGGCGGCAACAACGUGCAAAGAAACGUCGAGACCAAGCACACGAGAAGAGAGAAAAAGACAAGAAACAAACAAUAGAUCGUCUGCUAAAGAAACAAGAAACAAAAUCCAAGGGUGCAGGCAAGGGAAAAUCACGCCGUCACAAUGUACCACGAGUUCGGUACCACAGCACAGCAAGAGGAUCUACCAUAUCAUUUCCACAAGGUGCUCACUGCCCAAUGCUGCAGGAAGGACCCAUUUCAUUGCCAAAACCAAGGCCAUUAUGUGGAGUCCCAAGCUGUAAAAAUCCAAAGAAAUAUAAUUGUUCAAAGACUUUAGUGCCAUUAUGCAGUCUGGAAUGCUACAAAAGGAACCAACUUCUCAAGGAAGAAAAACGAAUACCGUUAGUAACGUAGCCAUGAUAGGAAUGUUGCAUUUUGCCAAAUUUUAAGUUGAAUCUAGGAACCACCUGCCUAUAACUGUUGAUAUUUUCUGCUGACCUGGUAACAAAAUAGUGAUGUUGUUUCGAUGUCUUGACAAAGGGGUACAACAGGCUCUUUCACUAAACUUCAGGGAAGUAAAUAAUUGUAAACUGGGAUACUUUUGGUUUGUGUUAUAAUUUAUUUUUUUUUGAUGAGCAAUAUUGAGAAAUCAAAAUGAUACAAAAUACAUAUACAAAAAUAAGUGAACUUACUGCUACAGGGCUGUAAAAAGGCUAUAAAAGCAGAAUAAAAGUUGUGAUUUCACAAAAUCCUUAAUUUCAAUUCUAGCAAAGGUUUCCUGGUUUACAGUUCUCGAAAAAGAAAAUUGUUUUGUCAGCUUCAACUAGGCAGUCCUCUACAGAUGAUUACAUGUUGGUUGAUGAGCCAUUCAAACCAAGUGUUUUCUUUUAAGCAUACUGUUAACAUGUAAAUGUUCAUGCCAGUUUAUUAUGCGAUUGGUAUACUUUGAUUUCCCUUUUGACAACUCGGCAAGAGUAAUUUCAACUAUUUCAAUUAGAUUUUCUUUUUUUGUGAAAAAAACGCCAAAAUGAAAAGCAAAUGAACAUCUGCUUUACAAGUUGUUGGGAAUGCCUGUGUAAAACCGUUCUGAAAGAAGUUAGGAGCCACAACCUAUGUACUUUAAAAUUUGUAAUUCUUAAAUCGAAAAUUCGUAACCUGCAGUGCUCUUAGUAAGAAAAUGCUUAGGGAGCAUCCAUUAAGUACAUACACACUUAGGGGGAGGGGGGGUCUAUGAAAAACCGUACACUAUGCGGGAGGGGGGUAUAUAGUCUGGCAUACGCAACACAAGAACCAUUUUCUGAACACAUUAGAAAAUGCUUAAAUGCUUAAAUGCUUAAAAUGAUAGAUGACCAUGAUAAUCAAGGGAAUCAUACUGGUAUUGCACAUGAGGCCGGAACUUACACGCGACAAACGUGACUGGCCUCUGAUAACACCCCACUACAAGGUUUAUAGCUGUUUCCCGCGCCGUUUUUCCCACGUGUGUGCCAUGUUAGCACUAAUGCGCAAUCUGCCUGCCGAUCUGACUGUGGCGCCGCAGGAAAGAAAAUAGGCAAUUCAUCGAGUAAUAAAGUGGUCUCUAGGCAUACGCUCGUACAGGGGGAGGGGGGGUUUUAGGCAAUGCGUACAAAGUGCAUACGGGGGGAGGGGGUCUAAAAAUUGGUGUUUACGUGCGUACGUAUUUAAUGGAUGCUCCCUUAUAUUGAUCUGUACAUUUUGUAUUGAACCUGCUGUAUGUGUUAUAAAUAAAUAUCAGUUGAUGUGAUAUACGUUUUGAAGUUUACUUUAUAUACCAGGUGAUUACAGUAGUGAAAACUUACUGAAAGCUUUCAUUUGUUGCCUGAAGGGAUGCUACAGUGCUGGUGACAGUAUUUAUAUGUUAACCUAUAUUGUGGUUUAUAUGUUAACCUAUAUUGUGGUUUAGGAUGAAAUUGCAGGCAUGCUUUUGCUGCUUUGACUAACAAAGUAUGUUCCCUGGUGAGGAAUGAAAGUCCAGGCGACGUCUGUGCUGGAAAGAUCCAUGACACUCACUUAUUUGAUCUGGUUUGGGAUGAAAUUUCAGAUAAUGCUUGUGCUUGCUUGUAUCCCCAAGUAUGUUUUCUAAUUAAAGAUGAGAUCCCAAGCAGUAUCUGCUGCUGGCUUGGGCC